CACAGAAAAGCAAUCGUGUUGAUAGAUACAUGCAUUUUUCCUUCCUUGCCUGCAUUUCCCAUGGCGCCUGCUAUUGCGCUGAUUAAAAGGGGGACAUCUUAACUGUUUUUUUAAUUCUGUUGGUUUUAGCAAAGCGUUUUACUCUUGUUUGUAAUUUUACAUUUUUAUUUCCUUCUCAACCGGCCAUGACCGUGGAGCAGAAUGUCCUCCAGCAACAUUCUCAGAAGCACCAGCAGACUCUACUGAACCAGCUGAGAGAAGUCACUGGAACCACAGAUGUCCAGCUCCUACAACAGGCCCUGCAGGUCAGUAAUGGUGACCUCGCAGAGGCUGUGGCCUUUUUAACUGAGAAGAACGCCAAGGUCCCCCAGCAGGAUGAAACCACAUACUACCAAACAGCGCAAGUCGGGAAUGACCGAUACAUCAGCGUGGGCAGCCAGGCUGAUACAAAUGUCAUUGAUCUGACUGGAGAUGACAAGGACGACCUUCAAAGGGCCAUUGCGCUCAGCCUGGAGGAGUCCAACCGGGCCUUCAGGGAGACCGGGAUCACGGACGAGGAGCAGGCCAUCAGCAGAGUCCUGGAGGCCAGCAUAGCAGAAAACAAGGCCAGCCUGAAGCGGACCCACACGGAGGUGUGGAGCGACUCGCCCAACCCCCAUGAAAGGAAGCGAUUGGAGAACUGUCCUGUGGGCCUGAAAAAUGUUGGAAACACGUGCUGGUUCAGUGCUGUCAUCCAGUCCCUAUUUAACCUGCUGGAGUUCCAGAGGCUGGUGCUGCACUACUCUCCCCCUGCACGCGUCCAGGACCUGCCACGAAACCAGAAGGAACACAGGAACCUGCCCUUUAUGCAGGAGCUGAGGCACCUUUUCUCCCUGAUGGUGGGGUCCAAACGGAAGUACGUGGACCCCUCCCGGGCAGUGGAGAUCCUAAAAGACGCCUUUAAGUCUAGCGACUCUCAGCAGCAGGAUGUCAGCGAGUUCACACACAAACUUCUGGACUGGCUGGAGGAUGCCUUUCAGAUGAAGGCAGAAGAGGACAGAGAGGGAGAGAAGCCAAAGAAUCCGAUGGUGGAGCUGUUCUAUGGUCGCUUUCUGGCUGUGGGUGUCCUUGAAGGGAAAAAAUUUGAGAACUCAGAAAUGUUCGGUCAGUACCCUCUCCAAGUGAAUGGCUUUAAGGAUCUGCAUGAGUGCUUGGAGGCGGCCAUGAUUGAGGGGGAGAUCGAGUCCCUGCACUCGGAGAACUCUGCCAAAUCUGGACAAGAGCACUGGUUCACCGAACUUCCGCCUGUUCUGACAUUUGAGCUGUCCAGAUUUGAGUUCAAUCAGGCAUUGGGCCGACCAGAGAAGAUCCACAACAAGCUAGAGUUUCCUGCCAUGCUCUACAUGGACAGGUACAUGGACAGGAACAGGGAUAUCACCCGAAUUAAGCGUGAGGAGAUCCGGAGACUGAAAGAGCACCUGACCCUGCUUCAGCAGCGUCUGGAGAGAUAUCUGAGUUAUGGGUCGGGCCCCAAGAGGUUCCCUCUGGCAGACGUGCUGCAGUAUGCCAUGGAGUUUGCCUCCAGUAAGCCUGUGUGCACCUCGCCUGUGGAGGACAUUGACACAGCAGCACCACCUGGUGGCACUCCAGCACAACUACAGCCAGCACCAAGCACAGCAGACCAAGGCCCCUCGAGUUUGCCCGAAGCCCCUGCUGCCGGUCCCCAGCAGCGGGUGUCCAUCCACAAGCCCUUCACACAGUCUCGCCUCCCGCCGGAUCUGCCCAUGCACCCGGCGCCACGCCACAUCACGGAGGAGGAGCUGCGGGUCUUGGAGGGAUGCCUCCACCGCUGGAGGAGUGAGGUGGAGAACGACACACGGGACCUGCAGGCGAGCAUCUCCAGGAUUCACAGGACCAUUGAGCUCAUGUACUCUGAUAAGACAAUGAUGCAGGUCCCUUACCGGCUGCACGCAGUCUUGGUCCACGAGGGUCAGGCCAAUGCAGGACACUACUGGGCUUACAUUUACAACCCACACCACCGCCGCUGGAUGAAAUACAAUGACAUCUCCGUUACCAAGUCCUCGUGGGAGGAGCUGAUGCGCGACUCCUUCGGGGGCUACAGGAACGCUAGCGCCUACUGCCUCAUGUACAUCAAUGACAAAAAACCCUUUUUGAUAGAAGAGGAGUUUGAUAAGGAGACUGGGCAGAUGCUGAGCGGUCUUGACAAGCUCCCGCCAGACCUAAAGGAGUAUGUGAAGGAGGACAACCAGCUCUUCGAGAAGGAGCUGGAGGAGUGGGACGCACUGCAGGCCCACAAGGCACAGCAAGAGAAGCUUCCAGUCAUGGCCACUGCAUCAUCCUGCCAGCCAAUGAGCACAGAGUCCAGCCCCCAAGACCGCACAGCCCCUCAGCAGGACCCAGAGUACAUGGAGCAGCCCUCCCCCACUGAUGAUUCCAAACACCUGAAGGAGGACAUGGAGAGGGCCAUCUCCAAGGCUGCAGCCGAGCAGGAGGAGGAGAGGAGCCCAGAGGCCCUGCUAGCCGCACCUGCUUGCAACGGCACACCCACGUCCUCUCCCCCUGACCCCACAGGCGUGUCAAACCCUCGCCACACCCCUCCCCCUGAUCACGAGGCAGAGGAAGCCACUCCCCAGUCCCCCUCUGCUCACCGCACGGUUGAGGUGGCCAUCCCCCAUGUUGGCACCUUCAUCAUAGAGACAGAGGAGGGGGGGUACGAUGACGAGGCAAUGCUGACCCCAAACAUGCAGGGUAUUAUACUGGCCAUUGGCAAAGCUGGGAGUGUUUACGAAAAGAGUGGCCCCGAGGCAGCCUUCUUCAAGGCUAUUAAGGUAGAGUACGCUCGCCUGCUGCGAUUCGCUCAGGAGGACACUGCUCCCGAAAAUGACCACCGUCUGCAGCACGUGAUCGUCUACUUCAUCCAGAACCAAGCUCCCAAGAAGAUGCUGGAGAGGACUCUUCUCAUGCAGUUUGCCGAUCGCAACCUCGGCUUCGACGAACGAUGCAAGAACAUCAUGAAAGUUGCACGUGCAAAACUAGACCUUAUAAAGCCAGAGGAAGUAAACAUGGAAGAAUAUGAGAUGUGGCACCAGGAAUACCGGAAUUUCAGGGAGACAACAGUCUUCCUCAUGAUUGGCCUGGAGCUCUUUCAGAAGAGGAGCUACGUGGAAGCUUUGAUGUACCUGAUCUACUCCUAUCAGUACAACAAAGAGCUGCUCUCCAAAGGCCCUUACCGUGGCCACGACGAGGAGCUGAUAGCACAUUACAGGAGAGAGUGUCUGUUGAAACUGAACGAGCAUGCAACGGUCCUGUUUGAGUCUGGGGAGGAGCCAGAGGUGAACAGCGGUCUGGGCAUCAUGAAUGAGCUGGUGGUGCCCUGCAUCCCCCUGCUCCUGGUGGAUGAAUCUGAGGAGAAGGACAUGGUUGCGGUGGAGGACAUGAGGAACCGCUGGUGCUCCUACCUGGGACAGGAGAUGGAGCCCCACCUACAGGAGAAGUUGACUGACUUCCUUCCCAAGCUGCUCGACUGCUCAACCGAGAUCAAAAGCUUCCAUGACCCGCCCAAACUGCCCUCGUACUCCACCCUGGAACUGUGCGAGCGUUUUAGCCGGGUCAUGACCUCCCUAAGCCGGACACCUGCUGAUGGGAGAUGAGCUGUGCGCCGAACCUAACCCCUCACCCCCUAAACCUCCCCCCAACACCUCCAUACCCCACCACCUGGACGCUCAUCUACAGAUUCAAUUUUAGCCCAUGCCUUCCUUAAAGCAGGGGUUGCUAUAUCUCUGUUACUGUUUUUUUUUUUUAAUUACUUUGCUGCUAUAGGUUUUACUAUUUACUACAUUAUUCCACUUUCAGUUAUGUUUUAAAUGCAACUGCAACAGAGGGAUGGGACUGGACAGGGCAAAAAAUGAAAAGAAAAAGAAAAUGGCAACCGCAGUGAUUGAAGUCCAGCGCAUGCUGCUCAAGCUUUUUUUAACCAAGGUUGAAUUUUUUUCCCCAUUUGGUUGUUUGUUUUAACCCCACCUUCAUCACACCCUCUACCAACAACCUCCCUCCCCCACACCACCACGACCCCCCUGUUUCCCAGUGGAAAGGAUUCCACUGCUGCUCAGCCUCUCACCUGUUACAGUAUUAUCAUGUCUUUCUUUCCUUAAGGAUGAGAAGAAAUAAAACCUUGAGAUUCAUCAAUGGCUUUAAGUAUCUAGAAUGGGUCUAUACCAGACCUGAGGACUGCAACUGAAUGAGAAAUUUCAAGUGCUGUGGUAGGCCACAGCUCCUUGUGGCUUGUUAAUAUACUGAGAGAAUAAAGUUUUAUUUAUGGCCCUUUUAGGCCAAAUAA